UUUAAUGAUGGCGCUCCCCGUGAAACCCAGUAAAAAGGAUCCGCCCACAUUACCUCACAGAGGCGAUGACGGCAUAAUGCGGGGCUCCCAUAGCCACUGUUGAGUCCGCGCCUCAGCGGAGCCUGAGGGCCGGGGGCGCUGACAAGGGUGUGAUGCGUGGUGGAGUCAGUUUCAGCUUAGGGGCUCCAAAUAGCGGGUGGUGGUCUGUGAGGGUCCUUGUUUUUCUGUAACCCCUGUAUCUCGGGGAUCUGUGCUAUCUGGUGACUCUUCGAAAUGAUUCAUUUGAAAGGCAAAGUGACAGAGAAAGAGGGGAUGGGGGAGGGGGAGAGGAAGCGGGAAAGGGAGCUGCUCCAUCCGGGUCUCCCACGGGCUGGCAGGGGCCCAAGCACCUGGGCCACCAUCUGCUGCCUCCCAGCUGCAUCAGCAGGGCGCUGAAUGGGAAGAGAAGCAGCCGGGACGCCAGCCGGCUUCCCAUUGAGGCGUCCCCACUCGCUGCACCAAAAGCCCGCGUCUGAAGUGACUUUUUUGAAUGGAGGACAAAAAUAUCUGUGCUAAAAUUGGGAUCAAAGAAUUUUUACCAGAAGACACACACCACUCGCCUCUGCACGGGUCCCACACGGGCCGUGGAUCCCUCCGCACGGCUGGGGUGUGGGAGACCAGGACCCCCGCGCCGCCUGCGAUGCGGGGCGCUGGCUGCCAGCACCGGCAGAGCCCGGGAUGGGGCGUGAGACUUCGCGGGGGACUGCGGGGGUCGCAGAGCAGACGCUGCAGGUUCUUACUCGCGCUCUGCGUGGCCAGCUUGUGCUUCAUCUCCUUCCUGCACUUCAAGGGCCUGUCCUCGGUCCCCUUCCCCUGGAAAGGGGCCUCGCUCUGCCCCGACCUGAUGUCCUGCGUGCUCUGGAGCCGCGCCCCCGUCACGCCCGCGGCCGGCAGCCGGCAGGCCAUCCCGCUGUACUUCCGCUCGCCCCUGCUGCCACCGGCGCCCCGCAGGGCCAUGGAGCUGCAUCGGGUGGACUUCGUGUUGCCAGAGGUCACCAACAAGUAUUUCGUGCGCUCCCAUGCGGGGGGCGUCUGCUUCAAGCCCGGCACCAGGAUGCUGGAGCCCGAAGGGGCCGAAGCCCGCCCUGCUGCGCCGCGGAAAGCUCCGGGGCCGGCGGGCAGCUGCGCGUGCCUGGCCGGCUGGCACGGGCCCACCUGCGGCGUGCCCGCCAUGGUGCACUACUCCAACCUGCCCACCAAGCAGCAGCUGGCGCCCCGGGCCGUGCCGCGCCGCGUCAUCAACGCCCUCAACGUCAACCACGAGUUCGACCUGCUGCACGUGCGCUUCCACGAGCUGGGCGACGUGGUGGACGCCUUCGUGGUGUGUGAGUCCAACUUCACGGCCCACGGCGAGCCGCGGCCGCUCAGGUUCCGCGAGAUGCUCACCAACGGCACCUACGCCUACAUCCGCCACAAGGUGCUCUACGUCUUCCUGGACCACUUCCCGCCUGGCGGCCGUAUGGACGGCUGGAUCGCCGACGACUACCUGCGCACCUUCCUCACGCAGGACGGCGUGGCGCGCCUGCGCAACGUGCGGCCCGACGACGUGUUCAUCCUGGACGACGCGGACGAGAUCCCCGCGCGCGACGGCCUGCUCUUCCUCAAGCUCUACGACGGCUGGCCCGAGCCCUUCGCCUUCCACUUGCGCAAGUCGCUCUACGGCUUCUUCUGGAAGCAGCCGGGCAGCCUGGAGGUGGUGUCGGGCUGCACGGUGGACAUGCUGCGGGCCGUGUACCGGCUGGACGGGAUCCACCUGCGGCGCCACCAGUACUACCACAUGCCCGACUUCCGUGCCUACGAGAACCGCACCGGCCACACCCUGGUGCAGUGGGCGCUCGGCAGCCCGCUGCACUUCGCUGGCUGGCACUGCUCCUGGUGCUUCACGCCCGAGGGCAUCUACUUCAAGCUCGUGUCCGCGCAGAAUGGCGACUUCCCGCGCUGGGGCAACUUCGAGGACAAGCGCGACCUCGACUACAUCCGCAGCUUGGUCCGUACCGGGGGCUGGUUCGAUGGCUCGCAGUGGAAGUACCCACCCGCCGACCCCAGCGAGCACAUGUAUGCCCCCAAGUACCUGCUCAGGAACUAUGACCAGUUCCGCUACCUGCUCGACAACCCCUACCUGGAGCCCCAGAGCUUGGGGGCAGGCGGCCAGCAGAGCUCGGUCCCGACCCCAGGUCACUCGCUGCCAGGGGCAGAUUGGACGCCACAGCAAACAAAGGCUGUGUGAGCUUCCAGCACCCACACAUGGCAGGAUACGGGUAGGAGCUGCCCGGAUGUUAUCUUCCUGCACCCUCUUGGCCGCUAGGUGGGUCCUGAGUGGCGGAAGGGGAGAGCUUCUGUCUAAUCGCUUGUCAAUCAAGGGUCAGCCUUUUUCCUUCAAAAAGAACAGAAAAAUCCUUCCUGUAGGAGAGAGAGCAGACCUAGCUGUCUAGGCAGCCCUUUUGCCAAUCAAGAAUGCUGAAGCUUCGAGAUGCCCCUAGGGAAUGCAUGGUGAUCACUGGUAGGGGCAGGGCGGGGGCAGGCUGGGAGAAGGGAGCCUUCAAGAAUUGGAAGAAGUAGGGGCAGCAGCCUGGCUGGGGCGAAGCCCACCAUUCCCAUCCAGGAGCUUCGCACCUGCGGUGGGUUAGGGGGUGUUCCAGGAGGACCCAGGCUGUGAAUAGAUACAUUGGGAUUCAGGAGCAAGAGGAGACAUCCAGGGGGCCAGCUUAACCUAACAGGUUAAGCCUCUGCCUGGGAUACUGGUGUCCCAUUUGGGCACCAGUUCAUGUCCCUGCUGUUCCCCUGUGAUCCAGCUCCCUGCUAAUGACCAGGGAAGGUAGCAGAGGAGGCCCAAGUGCUUGGGGCAUCUGCCACUCCCAUGGGAGACCCAGAUGAGGCUCCUGGCUCUUAGCUUUGACUUGGCCAGCCCUGACCAUUACAACCAUUUGAGGAGGGAACCAGUAGAAGGAAGACCUGUGUGUGUGUGUGUGUGUGCCUCCCUCUCUGUAGCUUUGACUUGUAAAUAAAUAAAAUCUUUAUUUAAAAAAAAGGAGAUGCCUAGGAGUGGAGGGAAUGAGAAGGCGUCCAGCUGGAAAAGGUACUGGUGGAGGUUUUGCCUGUCCUCGGAAGUGCUGGGCCCAGGGAGCUGAGGACUCCACCCUCCUGCCCCACAGGACGUCCCUCUGCUGGGAGCAUCUGCUGGAUUCUGUGCUCCCCACCUUCCCUUGUGUGAGCUGACACGGGCCCUGGGCUUGGGGAGUCCUGGGGACUCUUCCUUUUUGUUCCAAAGUUGGCCUCCACAUUCUUUCCAUUUAUAUUUCUGUCUCAGUCCUUGCAAGGCCACGAGUUGGGCUCUCAGGGUGGGAUGGGAGCUGCAUAGUAGGGGGCACCUGGAGAGCAGUGGGGAAGAAGACUGACAGGAGGCUUCUGCAUCGUUCUGCUUCUCCCCCUCCCUCAUCCCUUCCCCUGGGCCACACAGCCCCAGCGUCUGCUGUGCCCCUCUUUGGUCAGGAGGGGGUCAUGAGUUGGUCCUGGGCCAAAGAAAGGACAUUAAGGCCUUUUGGUUUGCCUUGUGGGGGGCAGGGGAUGUGUUUGCUGGAGCACAUUCUAAGAUGCUGUACUUAAGAGAACAGGGGUUUGUGCAACAGCACAAAAGCUUGUUUCUAACUCCGUUGUCCACAGAGAGAUGGCCCCAAGCUAGAAGCACCACUCUGCUUUCCUUCGUACACACUCUAAAUCUGAGUACAGAGUGGCUGCUUCUGCUCCCAUCAUCACGUGUGCCAUCCAAGCCUGGAAGAAGACAAGAAAGGCAAGGGAAGGAUACACCCUUUCCUGAUAAGGGCAUGAGGCUGAAAGGGCAGAGUUACUUUUGUGGCAACUCACUGGCCAGGACUUAGUCAUUGAGCCACCAGGAGCUGCACUGGUCACUGGAAGAUAGAGUCUAGCUGAGAUGCCGUGUGCCCCGUCCCAUGGUGGAGAUUCUCUUGUUAAUGCAGGAGAAGAGAAUGGAUGUGAUAGACAACUAGCACAUCUGGCUGGCAUAGGAGGAGGGGAAGGGGUAGAAAUUGACUGUUUCAGUCGCAGGAUCCUGCUCUCAUGUUCAGAGCUCCUGGAACAAGCUGCCCCUGCUCCUCUUGCUGUGCCCAUCCAAGGUUAGUGUGCAGAGAGAGCCUGCACUUGUUGGGAAAAUGGGUGCGCCCCCUCCCUAGGGUCCUCAGAUGCCCCCAGGGAUGCUGGGGUGUCAGGCUGCUCUGUGGAAUGGUCUGUGACUGUGUGCACGUGUGCAUACGUUUAUGGGCAUGGGCGCAUGCUUGGCUGUGUAUUUGUACGUAUUUUGAGGCAUCUCUGUAAAUAGAUGCUUGUGUGUGGAUGUGGGAGCCUGGCCCAGGUCUCUUCCUCCCUGGGACCUGGAGCCUGUGCCCACACCUUUGAGAUGCCCCUAAGUGCCUGGAGCAGAAAGCCCUCAAGAAGCCGAGAGGAUGGAGUCAAGGGCUGCAGAGCCUGUGAGCCAGGGGCUGGGGGCGGGGGUAUGAGACAUCCUCCCGCCCUUCUGAGGGCCCUGCUCCUGAGAGGCCACCACCUCCCCUGCCCCUCUUGGCCCCAGCCACAUCUCCCCCAAUGUUGCUGCACUUCUUGUGGGACUUUUCUGGUGUUUUAGGAGGGGUUUAUCAGCCAGGAGAGGAGGGCGUUUCCCUUGUAAUAGCUCUGUCUAGGGGAAGUACCAGGUGAGGUGGGGUGGGGCCCUGGCUUCACAGCAGCCUCUGCUGGGCAGGCAGGGAGCAGGAGGCUUCCUGAGGAGACUCCCUGGCCCCACUCUUCUCUAGCCAAGGGGAUGCCGCCGAGGGAGCCCCUCCCUUGAAGUCACAGUAGCCUCCCCCUCUGCUUCCUCUCGGGACUGAGAGAUGGCUCCAGAAGGCAGGGUGUCCAUAACCGACUCUGGGUCAGUCCAGGCCAAGUUGCCCUCCAGAGUUCAACCAAUGGACAGGCAGGCCCUCUGUGAUAGCUUCCUCACCCUGUGCCCUUGGCACGCUCAGCUGCCAUGGGGGCGUCCACUCUCCAGGCUGGCAGGUUCCCUGGCCUCCAGGUCACUGGCUCAGGGGUAGGGGAUGGAAGCUGGGAGAAGCUCAGAUCUGCCAGGUUCUUCUUUGCUUUGCAGAGCCCGUGCGACAGGGCAUACUCAUUGUUAGGUUUAGGAUCUUGGGGUUCGAAGGCAAGGAGGUGGCUAGUUAGAGCAGACUUUAUUCUAGGUGGCACAGAAAUGGGGGAGACAGUGGACAUUGAGCUGCCCAGACAGAGGGCGGGGGUUUGCAGCCAGGCUUCAUUCUGUCUGAGCAGCAGGCAGCUUGUUUGGGGAGGUGCAGAGCGCCACAGGGACCUUGAGAAGCUGGGUGGAGAUGUGCAGAGAGGCUCCUUGGUGAGGUCUAUAGUGCGUUGUCUUAGCGGUUUUCCAGAGCAAUCAACGUUCCAGUAGGUUUUACGUGAACUAUCUGCACCCAGUGUCGUUAGGCCCAGCGUUCUAACAUUCAUGGCUCCACAAGUGGAGAGGACAGUGUCAGACGUGAGGGCCCCAAUGCAGGGCUGACGUGAUCCACAUAGAAUCACAACAUGCACUGGGACAUUGAGGAGCAAGGGACCCCAGGCCACUCCUCCACUAUGGAGGGAGACCACCCUGACCUUGCUAUGUUCAAAACUUUUCCCCCAGGAAUCACUGGCCCAUGACCCCUGGUCCCAAGGGGGCCUGUCUGUACCAUGUGUCCAGGGAGUGCAGGCCUGUCCCUCCGUGGGUCACACUGAUUCCCGGGGUAGGCAUGGGUCGAGGCGGGAAGACAGGACUUGUCCCCAACACAAGGCAGGGCCCUAGGAAGUGUGUAAUCUAAGGACAUCAUUGGUUAUAUAGCAUUACUAUUCCCAUUUUUAAAUUGUAAUUAGUUUUUAACAUUCAAUAUGAUUUGUAGAUGGAAGUCUAAGAAGUUAAUGAUAUUCCCCUCCUCCCUCCUAUUCUCUUUCCUUCUACUCUUCUGUUUUGUUUUGUUUUGUUUUGUUUUGUUU